CAUUCUGUUUACACCGAUGAGCCGUCGAGCCGGGCAGGUUUCAGCGCUCUGCCGUGUCGCAGCACACAGUUAAAGUAAUGACAGAGAAACUCUCCCGUCCUUCAUGCUUACUUUCGACAAAAAGGAAGUUAUGGAUAUUUGCGACGGGAGGAAGAGAAGAAAGCUAAGCGGCGGAGGAGGCGGCGCCGCGCGGGGCUGCAGGCGAGCCGCUGCCGGCAGGAUGAAGCGGGACGCGGGGAAAGUGCUCCGCUCGCUCACCCUGGAGGACAACAACCACAAGAAGCCGCUGACGGAGGACGAGGCGGAGGACUGCUUCUCCAUCAGCUUCAUCCGCCACGACGUGCUGUCCCCGGGGCUGCCGGGCCGGGACCAGCCGGGCCCCCGCCCGCCGGGUCCCGGGCCGCCGGAGCCGUCCCGGGCCGCGGCGCCCCGCUACAGCCUGCUGCGGGAGGUGGGCCGCGGCAGCUACGGCGUGGUUUACGAGGCCAUCGCGCGGAAGACCGGCGCCCGGGUGGCGGUCAAGAGACUCCAGUGCGACGCCCCGGAGAACGUGGAGCUGGCCCUGGCCGAGUUCUGGGCCCUGACGAGCCUGGAGAACCGGCACCAGAACGUGGUCCAGCUGGAGGAGUGCGUCCUGCAGAGGAACGGCCUGGCCCAGAAGAUGAGCCACGGCAACAAGAGGUCCAAGCAGUACCUGCGCCUGGUGGAGACCUCCCUGAAAGGAGAGCGCAUCCUGGGCUACCCCGAGGAGCCCUGCUACCUCUGGUUCGUCAUGGAGUUCUGUGAGGGCGGGGACCUCAACCAGUACAUCCUGUCCCGCCGGCCCGACCCCCAGACCAACAGGAGCUUCAUGCGCCAGCUGACCAGCGCCGUCGCCUUCCUGCAUAAGAACAACAUCGUCCACCGCGACCUGAAGCCGGACAACAUCCUCAUCUCGCAGAAGUCGGGCUCUCCGGUCCUCAAAGUGGCGGACUUCGGCCUCAGCAAGGUGUGUGCCGGCCUGAGCUGUAAGGGCGUGGAGGAGCAGCCUCUGGCGGGAGCGGGCGGCCGGGACGGCAACCAGAACAACAUCGUCAACGUCAACAAGUUCUGGCUGUCGUCGGCGUGCGGCUCGGACUUCUACAUGGCGCCGGAGGUGUGGGAGGGCCACUACACGGCCAAGGCCGACAUCUUCGCCCUGGGCAUCAUCAUCUGGGCCAUGAUCGAGCGCAUCACCUUCAUCGACGCCGAGUCCAAGCGCGAGCUGCUGGGCACCUACAUCCGGCAGGGCUCGGAGAUCGUCCCGGUGGGGGAGGCCCUGCUGGAGAACCCCAAGAUGGUGCUCCACAUCCCGCAGAAGGCCCGCAGCUCCAUGUCGGAGGGCGUGAAGAAGCUCCUCCAGGACAUGCUGGCAGUCAACCCUCAGGACCGGCCGGACGCCUUCCAGCUGGAGGUGCGGAUGGACCAAGUCACGUGCGCCGCGUGACGCCCCCCCAGAACCAGUCCUCUUCCACCCUCACCUGUCGAAGAAGGACGACUGUUCUUUCCAAGCUGUGUUUACUACGGGACGGACUCCAGUGAAUUACCAGACUGAUAACUGAACUGUGAAGAAUCCACAAUCAUCCCAGACGGGAAGUGACGGACCGGCUGCUGACUCCAGGACUCUGGCCCGGGACCAGGAUGCAGACCUGCUGGUGGUCGGCUGAGAAGGAGCUGAGAAGGAGCUCCUGGGAGCGCACGCGUGUGUGCGUGUGUGUGCGUGUGCGUAUGUGUGUGCGCAUGUGUGUGCGCGUGUGUGUGCGUGUGCGUGCAUGCGUGUGUGCGUGCGUGCGACAGCAAGCAGGUGUCAGUCGUUUCCUGUCUGCUGAUUGUCGAUCCUCUGCGCCCCACGCCGACCCGCUCUUCCUUCACGCCCUCCGCUGAGUCCAGCACGCCAGACGCCUCCGCCGUAGUGAGGACAGUGUGUAAAUAGCCGACCCAGAGACUCGACACUGCCCGUCAAUCACGUGCCUUACAAACCACUCACACCAAGUGCGACAGCACCUCGCUAAACGACGACUCGGUGUCUCACAGCGGAGGCUCGGACACAAACACCCUCCCUCUGCUUUUCAGUCUGUUUGCUUUCGUGACGUCACCUUUUUCAGUAGUUUUAGGACCACAGCGACUUCGAGGUCUCAGACACUUGGUGUGAACUAAAAUGAAAGCUUCAAUGUCAGACAUGCACCUGUUGACACGUUUACACUCCCACACACACUCCUGAGGUAGAGGACGCCCGGCGGGGUUCGUGCCGGUUCACUGUUGUUUUCCAGCUGUGCUGUGAGUAGCAGGCCUGCAUUUCCAAUACUGUAGUGUUGUAACCAAACCAUCCGGCCGCUAGGUCCCGUUGAAUCCAAAGAGCGGCGGCACCGACGUGUUUACAGAUUAUCAUAGGCCUGGAGAGGCAGGACGGCCUGUUGGGGGAACAUCCUGGAUGUCAUUCAGCCUGAGAUGUGAAUCCCACCGGUUAUCUGCUGACCGGUUCCCCGGUCAAACAUAUCGGAACAGGCCAGGAUCAAUAAAGCUAUUGAAUCGGAAUGUGGGAAAAAAAAGGACUUGAGGUAGAACAAAGGGAAAUGUUGUACAAUAACCUCCGUUCUGAUAGAAGUCCUGGGGGGCCAGCUGAUUCUCUGCUCUUCUUUACGCCUGUUAGAAACACAUUUUCAGACGGUGUGAAUAACAGUGAAUGUUGUGAAGUAAUGUUAGUGUGACGUUCUCUCAGUGAGUCUCUUCCUGAAGGCAAACCUGCUUCCUUGAUCAUGUUGCUCAUCGAUGCUUCCUGUUGGUCCGUCAGCUUCCACGUGUCUCAACAUCAGGUCGGUGCCAGUGUUUGAUUAGCGUAGGCCAGGCCUCAGUCUUCAUCCCCGGUACCUGCUGUAGCCAGCACCACCGGCCAGACGUGAUGACCGGGGACGUUUGGGAAGCUCUGGCAGCAGAGCGGGAAGAAACCCUGGCUUCUCCGUUUUGAAUGUUUCUCCACUCAAAUGAAUGUGGCCGUUCUGGGAUCCGAACACAGAAAAUACCAGGAUCGUGGUUAAAUUAGCCGUCAGUCAGACGUGUGAACGGCUGAAGGAGUCCUGUGUCAUUUGAAGGGACAGCCUGGUCCCUGAGCAGUAUUGAGCCGACUGGCAGAACCUUUCUUUCCUCUGAUUUGAAGCCUGUCCCAGGACACUGAGGAUUUAUCCCCUCGUCUGAGCGCUCCCGACCCUCACUCCACUGAAGACGUUCAGACACCACCAUGUAUUCAGUUUCUCCCGGUUGGUGGAAGCUGGUAACUGUGAGUCGAUCCUGAGGAGAGACGAAGACACUGCAGAUGGAGGACGGACAGCAGAGGAAGCUCGCGGUGUGUGCGGUCCUACCUCAUCCUCAGCUCAGCCCACACUGACCGUCUCCUCCCCGGAGGGACGACUCUUACCUCACAGCCAGGCUCUGGGUGGUCCUGCUGAGCACCGCUGCAUCUCUCUCUGUAAACUGGCUGCUGGACGCAUUCAACAACUACAGCGCCGUGCAGAAGCGAGAGGGAAGCAGCGCGUUAUCUGUCCGCUGAUAAGCAUUAGAAUGAGUGAAUGAAUGAAUCACUGCCACAUAUCAUGUGACAGCUGCUCAAGUCGGGCUUUAUUUUUGACAAUCUAAGUAAUUCUCUAACACUGACCUUCAUCCACACACCUACCAGUCAGGUUUCCCACAGUGACUACAUCGGUUUAUCAAACGUUAAUUCUCUGCUCAAAAAAUAAAGGGAACACUGCUGUGAAGUAACCUGUCCGCUAGGGGGCAACAGUGAGUCCACUUCACCUGCUGCUGUGCAACCGGAGCAACGAGCAACAGAACCCUGGUGGUGACCCCAGAACAGCUCUCCCUCCUGUGACGGAGUCUGGAGGCGCCGUGGAGAGCGCUCUGCUGCAGUAUCCUCCGGUAUGACCGUCUGGGGUCAGUGAUGGUGUGGAGGCACUUCUCUGAAGGCCACACAGCCCUCUACGUUCCAGCCAGAGGAACCCUGACCCCCAUCAGGUAGCGGGAUGGGAACCUCCGACCCUUUGUGAGAACAUCUGCGGGUCCAGUGGUCCCGGGGUUCCUACUGAAGCAGGACGAUGCUCGGCCUCGUGUGGAUGAAGUGAGUCGGCAGUUCCUCCAUGAUGGAGGUAUUGAUGGACCGACCUGAUGGACAGAUCUGGAGCAUCAGGUCUGGCGCCAUCCACCCGGUGUGGAGGCCCUCGGGAGAACCGCCAUGGGACGAUCAUUCUCAUUCACACUGAUUAUUUUUAUGUUAUCAUGUUCUCAAUGCAUCCAGUAUGUCCUGAAUAAAGAUUUUCAACUGGAACAUUUCAUUCAUUGACAUCCAGGAUGUCUUUAGUGUUCUCUCUGUUUUUUGAGCAGGAUAUCCAAACCACCAAAACAGUCUUUUACAUUGAACUCUCCACCGUAGUUCAGUCACUCCCUGCAGUAGCCGUGGCGUUUUGGUAGGAGAGGUCCGGUUUUAGCAGCGAGGCUGACCCAGUUCCAGACCAUGAGAGCUGUAGUUGUUGAAUGUGAUUAAAGCGGCGUGUGUGGUCACGUGACGCUCGGCGGAGCUCACCAACAGGUUUUAUCAGGUCACUGCUGUCUGUGUGUCUCCGACCACUCCAGCCUCGCAAUGAUUCCACUUGAAAACACUUUGACACACUAUGCAAACUGGUUCACUGUAAACACUGUGCAGAGCCGCACCGUCUCAAACCUUCUGUUACUGCAGAUUUCCAGUGUGUACAGAAUUGUUUUUCAGAUGUCGUGUAAAGUAAAAUGUUUUUGUUAUUGACGCUGAUAGGAGCCAUCAGAUGUUUGAGAAAGCAUCACGUUUUUCUUUUUUCCUGUAAAUAUGUUUGACAACUUUUCUUGAAAUAAACCAUCGAAGCUA